CUCCACGUGGCAGUGAUAUCUCUUCCUCCUUGCGUGGUGAUCGUUUGCCCUGGAGCUAGGGCUCUUGGGACAGAGAUCCUCGCAUCGAUCGAUAGCUCGUGCGCUCAUGGCGUCCAUCGCGAUUACAACGAUGGCGCUCCAGCAGCCCCAAUUCUUGCAGCAGCAGCAGCAGAUCUCCGCGAUUCCCAGGAGGAGCUCCUGCGCGGCGGCGCGAGGGGGAAUGGGGGGGAUUCGAUUGGUGUCGCGGAGGAGGAGGAUGGCGACGACGAUCGCGUGCGCGAGCCCGCUGGAGGGUAAGGUGGAGGAGAGCAUCAAGCAGGCGGAGGAGGUGUGCGCGGAGAAUCCAGCGUCGGCCGAGUGCGUGGUGGCGUGGGACGAGGUGGAGGAGGUGAGCGCCGCCGCGUCUCACCAGAGGGACAAGGACAAGGGCAAGGAUCCGCUGGAGGCGUUUUGCAAGGACAAUCCAGAGACGGAUGAGUGCCGGGUCUAUGACAAUUGAUCAAGGAGGAAGAUCGCUCGCUACUCUGGGAAUCUAAUCGCUCGCUCGCUCUCUUUCCAGAUAAGUAGAGAAUUCUAUAUGAUCUUCUUCCCUCCUCUUCUUCUUUCCUUCUUGGCUUGGGAAGAUCUCUCUCGGUGAAGAAUGUGUACAUUGUUUCAUCUUCAAUGGAUGGAUUGCUUUAGUAA